CAAUUCUUCUCCCUCUUUUCAAACGCCAAGCAGAGGUUCCUUUCUCUCUCUCCCUCUCUUCAAUUCCCAACAGUCUGAUCCUUCCUCCUCAGAGCUUCAUUCUAACUUGCAAUCUGAGCGCAAUUUUUCCUUCACUACUAGUUUAGUGUUGAUUUUGUGAGCUUUUAAUAAAUGGAUUUGGUUUUAAAUCUGAAUUGCUGGAUUCACAUUUCCUUACUUUUCAUCAGUCGUUGAUUGAAUCCGAUAUACGUUAGCAGAUCUUGAAAUGGCGACCUUCGAGCUCUACAGGAGAUCAACGAUUGGUAUGUGCUUGACGGAGACGCUAGAUGAGAUGGUAUCCAGUGGCAUCCUUAGCCCGGAGCUUGCCAUCCAAGUCCUUGUUCAGUUCGACAAGUCCAUGACUGAGGCUUUGGAGUCUCAAGUGAAGAACAAGGUCUCCAUCAAGGGGCAUCUUCACACAUAUCGGUUCUGUGACAAUGUCUGGACUUUUAUCUUACAAGAUGCUGUGUUCAAGAGUGAUGAAUGCCAGGAGACUGUUGGACACGUUAAGAUUGUGGCAUGUGAUUCAAAGCUUCUCUCCCAGUAGUGAGAUACGUUUGCAAAUGAUGAAAAAGAAAACCAUUAAACAGAGUUUUUCAGUUCUGUUGUUUCAUAGAAAUUCGAUACUACUAAUGAAGAAAUAUGAAAAGCUGGGGGUUUCAUCCUUUGGCCACAUUUCCCAGGCCAGGGAUGGAAUUGCAAUACAUUUCUGUGUCAACCUCGCAAGACUCUACGAUGUUAACUUCACUUCAUUCCGCCAUAGUCUCCUUUUGUCCUUUUGUACUAUGGCUUAGUUCAAGUGUAUCAUCCCAUGCUUUGGCGUGCUGAAUUUCUAAAGCUUUCGUCUUCAUGUAUUUAUUCUCUAUUUUAAUGAGUGGAUGAUUUCCAUUUCAAGUCAAUCCUUUCCGGGACUUGAAUUAGUGUUUGUAUUUCAGUUUGUCAAGCAUAUUUGCUAUCAAAGUAAAUUUUGUAAAUGUCAGUUGAUAUAUAAUGUAAUUGGAACUGCUAUCAUAUUUCUCUGCGCUUUACAUUUAUUUCUAUAUUUUAAUUUUCAAAUUCCGAACUAUGUAA